AUGUCAACCUAUAUAUCGCAAUUUGAGGAUAGUAAUGAAUAUAAUGAACCUGAAAUUUCAUAUAAUAACUUCAAUUCAAACCUGAAUUCUUCAAAAAUUGAACAGAUCAUUGAAAUUGUCCUAUUUAUACAGCUAAUUUUCUCAUUGAGUGUGUGCAUUGGACGUUCAGAUUACAACUUCAUUUUAUACUUAAUAGGAUAUGCAUUGUUUUGUGUGGAAUUACCACCAGUAGAUGUUAACGGAGUUAUUAGAAAAAUAACUGGGAUAAGACGUUAUCUUAUUUUAGUAAUAGUCGCUAUAAUGAUAGACGCUGCUUGGUUAUCAUUUGCAAUGUCUGCAUGGUUAUGUUCUAGUAAUAUAUCACUUGAUGUCUGUUUUGUUGAAGAUUUCCAAAUGAAUUGGGAGUUUAAGAUGCAUAAAUUCGUUAUUUGGGGAUCAAGUCUCAACUUCCUACUAAAAGGUGUCCUUGGGUUACUAUGUUGGAUGUGGAUCAAUAAUGAGAGAGUGAAACUUGAAACACUUUCUCCUAAGCAAUUUUAA